UCUUAAGUGUCUCUAUUUGUCUGGAUACAAAAUAUAUUGUGCAAAACAGAAAUUGUUUUAUUUGAAAAAUACUUUUUGUGGCAUUGAAAUUGGAUUGCGUCAAGUUCGCGUCAAAUAAUUGAUUUGUCCUAAAACUAUGUUAGCUGAACCUUUAGCCAAACUCACCUUUUCAGCUGCAAUCACAACAGAAACAGAAACAGUGAACCAAGUUAACUCCGCGACUGCUAUGCAACGUUCGCUUACUUCUUGUCAGCAACAUCGUCAUUACCGUCAUCUUCGUCAAGGCGUUUGUAUGAAAACUAUUUGUUGUAUGUGCUCUCGUUGGCAACAUUUAAUCGGCAGUGGCGGCGGCUCAGAGUCGCACGAUAUAAUAGCAAAGUUUAAAAACUGUGAGCAUAUUUUAAAGCGCAAAAGUAUUUUAUUUUGUAAAAAAUCUAAAAAACUUAACCACUUUCGCAACUAUUAUUGGCACGUGAAUUUUAAACGCCAAACGACGUCAUUCAUUUGCUUUGGACCAAUGAUGUCCGGCAAAAUGAUGCACGUCUGAAGGGAAAACGCGUCUAAGACUCUUUUUAGAGCUUGUUUAGAGCUUCCCUUACAAUUUCAUUGUUUCUUUCUAACGGCGAAUUAAAACCCCGUUCAAAAUGGCAUUCACUGUUGAAGUCCAAUCAUGCCAAUCUAGGCCACAAAGCGAUAUUAACAACAACGUCAACUCAACCGUCGACAAUAAUCAAUACCGAAAAUCUAGAGGAAGUGCUAUUCAUGAUCCAGGAGCCACAAAUAGCAGAGAUACAUAUACCAACUCCAACUUACAAUCGUACGCCAGUGAAAACGACAAACAAUUUGAAAAUCGUUGGAAACACAAAGAAUUCAUUACAAUUUCAGAGAAAUCAAAAUCUGAUAAAAAUACCGAAAGAGAAAACUAUUAUAAUACAAACCCCGACGAAUCGGGCGCAAAUACCGCAAACGAGAAUCGCGAAAACUCGUAUCAUAAGAGUACCCUUUUUACCAAGGUCGGAACAAUUAACGCUUAUAGUGAAAAGGAACCCAAUCAAAACACAAGGUUUAGUAAAGAAUAUAAUUACGGAAACGCAUUUGAACGAUCAGAACACGUUUAUAACACACCCGCAAGCGCCGGUGACUACAUUGACAGGCACAGAUUGCAAUUAUACAUUGAAAUCCUCAAACAAUUUAGCGAAUAUAAUUUCGGUACAAGAACUACCCCAAAUACCUAUUGCGACAAAAACAAAAACGAAACCAACAACAACGUCAAUGGCGACGCAAACGCCAACUAUGACUUUGGCGUCUAUGGCAGGAAUUCAGUUGACAAGUACAGACUCCGAAUUCCUUCAGGAUAUGAGUGGAGCAAUGCCUACUGCUACAGUUGAAGAGAUAAAUGUUCCGGUAUUCAUUGAUGAAUACCUACAACAAUCAUCGCCCACGUUUACAGACGCAGCAAAUGCAGUAGCAACAACAGCAACUACAACAACAAGUAAUACUUUCAACAACAAUCAACCUAAUAAUAGUAACAACGGUAACGGAAACGAUUUUUUAAUCGAAGAACACGGAACGUUUGAAAAUUUUGAUUUUGAUAUCGACAUGAUUGCUCAAAGUUUUGAAGAGCAAAUGUUCAGCAACGCACACAUUGACAACAACAUUGGUUCAAUUGCAAACAAUAAUAAAUUUGAUAUGAGCAAUUACAUUUGCAACAACAACAACAACAUUGAAUUUGACAACAACAACUUUAAUUCUAACUUAGAGAACAUUAUUGACUGGUGUGACGAAAUUAAAGAAGAGCCCAAAGAAUCGGAUUUGGAGCAGCAAUAUCAUUUACCACCUAAUUCCACUAAUGAACUGAUCACAUUCAGCGAUGAUACCAUUGAUUUGGACAUAAAUGAUUCUAUUAGUUUAACAUCAAAUGAAGAAGCUAUUGAUUUUAGUCAGGAACAGGCAAGAAAUGAUAUGCCACUUUCAGAAUUCUUUCAAAGUUCCCAACAUAAUCCAUUGCUUUGCUCCAACUCAUAUAGCAAUAGUCAAUCACUUUCCGCAAUAGUCAGUCAUUGUGAACCAAUUCUGCCAGAUCUUGAAGAACUCAAAUAUGAUCCAUACUGUAGAUUAAGUACUAGCCAAAUUUUGUCCGAUAUUAUGUUAGAAGACAAAAUGUAUCUAGAAACAGAUGAAAUCGAGACAAAAUGUACUCCCAGCUGCAGCAAUGGUGGCAAUAGUGGUUUGAAACGUUUAAGCUCAUUCAAUCUCUCCACAAAUAAAGAUGUUAUCGCCCAAAAGAAGCGUAAGCUAGUCUUGGACACCACAAAGCAGCCCACAUUCAACCCAGUAGAGGACAUGAAAACGCCCGAUGUCGUCAAUUUCUUAUCAGAAAUGAGUGGCGAGCCUAACAUACGGACAUCAAAUAGAAGUGAAAUUAUAAAUCAUCUACUCAGUGAUAGUAAUUCAUCCUUCCAUUCAGUGGAUGGAGCGACAUUAAUAAGUGGCACUGGUGAUUUAACUAAUAAUUUCAAUGAUGAUCAAUCGCCUUACACACCACUUAGCUGCACAUCCUCCCAUACAAAUCAAACCUCAUUUGCUGGUUUCACAACAGUGCCAAACUCUCCAACACCAUCAAGCACCUCCACCUCAAACGCAGCAACAAAGCACUGUAGUAACAGGCGAAAACGAGGCCGACCUUCCAAACAACACAGCGAUCGACCAGAUCCAUCACAUUUGUCAAGACUCUCAGAGAAUGAACGUAAGCGCUUGGAAGAUCGUUACAAAAAUAAUGAAGCCAGUCGACAAUCGCGUCUCAAGAACCGACAGCGUGAAGAGGCAGAAAUUAUGGAGGAACAAAACUUGCUGGAAAUAAAUGCACAAUUGAAAAUCAAAUUCCUGAAAUACUCACAAAUUGUAGAAGCACUUAAAGGCAUAGUAAAGGAAAAGCACUUUGCGCAAAAAACAUAAAUUUCACAACAUUCUAUCGUAUUUGGUGGACUCUCAUUUGGGGGAAGUACCAACCACAUUUGUACCUAUUUCAGUUACUGGCAGAGUUUAUUUAAAUAACAUUUAAUAUAAGGAUUUCUUCGUCAUAAGUCGUUAGAAUUUAAAAUAAUUAAUUAAUAAGUUGAAUUACCGUAGUUGUGAUUAAUACAACAUUCGCAACAUAAUAAGUUGUUGUACUUAGUUUAGCAGUUGAUUUAAAUGUUGUUGUUUUAAUGUGAAAAAAUAUAUAUUUAAAAUUAAUGGUAAUAUUUAGUACUACAAUAAUUGUAGCAAACAAUAUAUGUUUAUAAAAUUAUAUA